AUGACGCUCUCCUUUGAUUACCAUUCCGGUAGAGUGCUCCCGAUUGUGUAUUCUCCUGUUAUACUAACAACUACUGUCAUAUUAGCAUAUUAUGAGGCAACACUAAACACAAGAAAACGAAUUAUUUCCACCUUUCUACUUCUACUUAUCAGUAAUGCAACAAUUAUAAUUGUGGACCUUGCUACAUCUGGAGGUGGGGGGCUUUGGAGGUUCAUCAGUUUAUGCUUGAUUGUUGGAAUUAUUGCUGUGGCACAGGGGUCUCUUGAAGGUGGGAUUUUUGGGGAUCUAUGCUUAAUGUGCCCCGAGUUUAUGCGGAAUAUUUUUCAUGGGAUGUCUGCAUCGGGGAUUCUAACGUCAUCUUUGCACCUAGUAACAAAAGCAGCCACUGAAAAUUCCAGGAGUGGUCUUCGCCAGGAGGCAAUGGUGUAUCUGUCAGUUACCACUUCUUUUAUGCUGUUAUGUGCUGUUCUCUAUGCGUUUGUCUUUGCAAAACUACCAAUUGUUAAGUAUUACCGAUCAAAGGCAGCUUCAGAAGGGUCAAAAACAGUUGAAGAUGAUUUGGUUGCAGCUGGCCUGGAAAUCCAGCUAACCAGAAGAGCUGAUGAGGAAGGCCAUAAACAAUUGGAUGAGCGCCUGACCAUUAAACAGUUGUUAACUGAAAACCUUGACCGUGCAAUGAUUAUAAUUCUAACAUUUGCAUUGACGUUGUCGAUUUUCCCUGGGUUCUUAUCUGAAGAUACGGUGAACCAUCACUUGGGUUCCUGGUAUGCGGUUGUUUUGACUACAGUAUUAAAUUGUCUAGAGCUUUUUGGAAGAUUCCUUCCAGUCACAGAACGCACAUUAUCAAGAAAAGUUCUCGUGGUUGCAGCCAUUUGCCGUUACUCACUUGUCCCAUGUUUCUAUUUUACGGCUAAAUAUGGAGGCGGCCAAGGCUGGAUGAUCUUUUUGACAUCGUUCUUAGGAUUAAGCCACGGAUAUCUCACACUUUGCGUCUUUAUAGGGGCAACCCAAGGCUACAAGGGUCCGGAGAAAAAUGCAUUGGGGAAUUUGCUAGCAGUUUUUGUGGUUAUAGGCGUUGCUCUUGGUGCCGCAUUUAAUUGGAUGUGGCUCAUUGGUAGAGGCUGGUGA